AUGUCAAAGACUAAUAUUCAAAAAGAUUGGGAACAAAGAGAAUUUGUUGAGGAUAUGAGUAUAAAUAUCCAAAAAAUUAUUGAUUUCUUAAAUAAAUUUGAUUUAGCCACUAAAAAUAAAUUAGCAGAACUUAAUGAGAAGUUAACAACUUUAGAUAGACAAGUCGAUUAUUUAGAAGCAAGCUUCAAGACUGUUCAAUCAGAAUAA